AUGCGAUUAUACACCAGUGAACUUUCUCUCUCUCUCUCUCUCUCUCUCUCUCUCUCUCUCUCUCUCUCUCUCUCUCUCUCUCUCUCUCUCUCUCUCUCUCUCUCUCUCUCUCUUUCUCACACACACACACACUGGAACGAAAUGGCAGCGCCUCCGCCCGCUGAAGACGUCAAGCCCACUGUCAAGGCCGAGGGCGAUGGCUACAUCAACCUGCGCGUGACUGGCAGCGAUGGCGCCGAUACGCACUUCAAGAUUAAGCGCGUCACUCAAAUGAAGAAGCUCAUGGACGCUUAUUGCCAACGCAAGGGCCUGAGCAUGCAGUCAGUCCGCUUUGUCUUUGACGGUACCAACAUUGGCCCCGAUGACACGCCCACCAGUCUGGAGAUGGAUGAAGACGACAGCAUUGACGUCUUCCAUCAGCAGACGGGUGGCUACACUUGCUAA